CUGUACUCGCACCAUGUCAGGGUAGCACUAGAACGGAGUCAGUGCAUGUGUGCUGAAUUCGCCACACAAGUUAACCGAAGCUUAAUAAAAAUUGCCUUCUGUGUAGAAAAGUAUAUGGAUGCUGGAUCUAUCUUAUAUGCCUAUGCAUGCCUAUGCGUUAAUCGGAGUUGCUGUCGUUAAUGAAAGAGACUUUUAGACGAGAUUGCACAUGGAUUAUUGACAAGUUUCGCGUAGUGAAACUUUUUGCGGUUUUAAACCAGUUUGUAAGGAUAAAGGGAGGAUUUUAUCUUCGCGCAAAUAUUAAUUAUUUAGUAAAACAUGGUACUAUCGUGUCGAUUUUACAAAGAAAAGUAUCCAGAAGUGGAGGACGUGGUGAUGGUAAAUGUACGCAGUAUAGCUGAAAUGGGUGCAUAUGUUCAUUUAUUGGAGUACAACAAUAUUGAAGGCAUGAUCUUGCUCUCUGAGCUCUCUAGAAGACGUAUUAGGUCUAUCAACAAACUUAUCCGAGUAGGCAAAACUGAACCAGUUGUUGUUAUUCGUGUAGAUAAGGAGAAAGGUUACAUCGAUCUGAGUAAGCGUCGUGUAUCUGCUGAGGAUGUGGAAAAAUGCACAGAGAGAUAUGCUAAGGCUAAAGCUGUUAAUUCAAUUUUAAGACACGUGGCAGAGCUAUUGCACUAUGAUAAUGAUGACCAGCUUGAAGAACUCUAUCAGAAAACAGCCUGGCACUUUGAAGAAAAAUACAAGAAACAGAAGGCAUCUGCUUAUGAUUUUUUCAAACAAUCAGUAUUGGAUCCCUCCAUUUUAGCAGAAUGUGGUUUGGACGAACAUACGAAGGAAGUGUUGCUAAAUAAUAUCAAGCGAAAACUUACCUCGCAAGCGGUUAAAAUUAGAGCAGAUGUAGAAGUGGCUUGUUAUGGUUAUGAAGGCAUUGAUGCUGUUAAGACUGCAUUAAAAGCAGGCUUAGCUCUUUCCACUGAUGAACUUCCUAUAAAAAUUAACUUAAUUGCUCCUCCAUUAUAUGUCAUGACGACAUCUACUCCAGAAAAACAGGAUGGUUUAAAGGCAUUAAGUGAUGCAAUCGAAGUCAUACAGAAUAAAAUAAUGUCACUUGGAGGUGUAUUCAACGUACAAAUGGCACCAAAAGUCGUUACUGCGACGGACGAGGCAGAAUUAGCGCGACAGAUGGAACGAGCAGAACUUGAAAAUGCAGAGGUUGAUGGUGAUGAUGAAGAAGAAGUAGAAGGAUUGGAAGGUGAUUUUAGUGGUGGCGAAGGAGCUGAACAAAACAGCAAAGAUAUUGAACAAAAUGGCAAACUUGUAUGGACCACACCGAUAGUGUACAAUAUUGAGUGCGUUCGGAGAGACACUAUUCGCGCUAUAGAUGCAAACGCUACCAACGUUGUUCUUGGAGCCAAUAGCGCAAUAGCGUUAGCAAGCUUUUAUGAAUGA